AUGGAACAGCGAAAGGAGGAUAUAACCAGACGGCCACUAUAUGCUUACGACCUUCCACAAGAUAUUCUGUCGACUUUGGCGCGCAAAGACGAUACCAAUGACGAAACCAAUGGUGAAGAUGCCAAUCCACCUAUAGAUACCACCGAGCGAGUUGUACAAUCUAAACCAGGAGAUGAUGUUGGAUCAAAGGCCUGUUCACUAUGCGGUGUCACUUUUCACACGGUGGAGGAUCAAAAAGGCCAUGUACGAUCGGAUUUCCACAACUACAAUUUGAAGCAAAAGAUUCGAGGGGCAAACGCCGUCACGGAAGUCGAAUUCGAGAAGUUGGUAGGAGACCUCGACGAGAGUCUUUCAGGAUCCGAUUCAUCAGAUACUGAAGAAGACGAAGAUGGAGGGCGCAAAGAGACCACAUUGAGUUCACUACUCAAAAAACAAGCGGUUAUUUCAACAACCAUCAAUGAGUUUGACGAUAAUCCCGGAUUGAGGAAAAGGACGAGAGGAUCUGGCAAGCCCCCGAUGAUAUGGUUUACAACACCAACUAUGCCGAAGAAUACCUAUCUGGGGAUAUACCGAGCAAUUUUCACACACGAAGAGCAAGAAAAAGAAGCCUCAAUGCACGAAGUCGUCCAGAAAAAGCAAAUCUCCCCUAAACCUCAAAUCAAAAUCCCGGUCAAUAAUGAGGGCGUUCCAUUACCUGAAGCAUACAAAGGUCCUCAUAUCUUUAUGUGUAUGAUAGGAGGUGGUCAUUUCGCUGCCAUGGUCGUAUCUCUUGCCCCCAAACAAGUUAAGAACCCACAGGCAACAACUGGCCCCUUGAUCAAAGAAGCCGUUGUUCUCACACACAAAACAUUUCAUCGAUACACCACCCGUCGCAAACAAGGAGGAGCUCAAUCAGCCAACGACUCCGCAAAAGGGGCCGCCCAUAGUGCUGGAUCUAGUCUCCGUCGGUACAAUGAACAAGCUCUCACAGAAGAAGUACGACAGCUCCUCACAUCAUGGAAAGGCAUGAUCGAUACGUCUGAAUUACUCUUCAUCCGUGCCACGGGUACUACCAAUCGUCGUACUUUAUUCGGACCCUACGAGGACCAAGUCUUACGACAAAAUGAUCCUCGAGUCCGUGGAUUUCCAUUUAGCACCAAAAGAGCCACACAAAACGAACUUAUGCGCUCCUUUGUCGAACUCACUCGCGUCAAAGUCCUCGAAGUAGACGAAGAAGCCCUAGCAGCUAAACGUGCCGCCGCCCUCUCAGCCCAACAAUCAUCCGCCGCCAGAAAAGAAGCGGCCGCAGUAGCAAAACCUCAGCCUAAAAAACUAACCGAGGAAGAAGAAAAUGCACUACUACACACAUCACAACUCCAAUCAUUAAUCCGUCGCUCCAAACUGCCCGCUCUCCUAUCAUACUUUCAAACGAAUUCUCUCUCCCCAAACUUCCAUUUCCAUCCCGAGGAACAAAAUUUUCAUGCUCCUACCCCUUUACAUCUAGCCGCGAGCUUAAACUCAAAAUUGUUGGUUGAAGGAUUAAUACUCAAGGGAAACGCAGAUCCUACAAUCCAAAACGGAGAUGGAAAAACACCUUUUGAAUUAUGCGGGGAAAGAAGUACACGCGACGCUUUCCGCGUUUGUCGACAUGAACUUCCAUCCCCAUCAUAUUCCUGGGAAACCUCUCAAAUCCCACCUCCCAUGACUCGCGACGAAGCCCAUAAACGCGAAGCGAAAGAGAAAGAAGAGGAGAAUAUAAGGAAACUCGAACAGAAGAAAAUAGACGAUGAGAGGAUUGCGAAAGAAGAGGCGGAGCAAAAGUUAAGAGGCGAUGGAAAAUUUAGUAGUAGGGGGGGAAAGGGAAAAGUGGUGGGAUUGGCGGGGGUAGGGGUUAAGGCAACGGGUCAGGAUAAGAGAGAGGUGGAAAUGAGGGAUAUGACACCGGAGAUGAAGAUGAGGGUUGAGAGGGAGAGGAGGGCUAGGGCGGCUGAGGAGAGGAUGAAGAGGUUGGGGUAG